UAGUCUUUUCUCCAUUUUGUCUAAGCGGUCGGCAGUUCCUGGUCGCUCAGUCCCGUGGAGAAGGCUGGAGAGUGGUGCUCCCUGCCUCGCAGCCAAUGGUUUGAGCCUCCAGUGGUGCUCACAGCGCACACGUGGGAUUGAAGCUCGGAGUCGCCACCAGACCCGCCCAGGGCCGGGACAGGGACCGCCAUUCCUGCAGCGGCUUCUGCUCCCGCCCCGCUCCGACUACCGAGUGCAAUGGAGGCGCCGGUCCUGAGGAGCUGGGCUGAGGUUGGCGUGACCUUUGAGGACAUUGCCCUGUACUUCUCCAGGAAGGAAUGGAACCUUCUUGAUGAGAGUCAGAGACAGCUGUACCUGAAUGUGAUGCUGGAGAACUUUGAACUUCUAUCUUCCCUGGGUUGCUGCUGUGGAGAAGAGAAUGUGGAGGUCCUGACUGAACAAAAGGUUUCUGGAAGAUUGUCACAGGCAAGGAAUCCAAAUUUACCCUUGUCUUCCCAGAAGAGCCACCCCUGUGAGCGUUGUGGGCUAGUCCUGGGAAACAUUUUCCACGUUAUGAAACUCCAGGGAACACAACACAGACAAAUACUGUUGAGGUGUGGGGCAUGUGCAAAAAGAUUUUCUUUGUGUGCAAAAUUUCACCAGCAGCUUGUGAGAGAGAAGAAUUUCAUUAGAGGUGUGGAAAGGCUGUCACUUGCAAACAGCUGGAAGUUCAAUGUUUCCCAGAAUCAUUUCACAUGCAGGGAUGUUGGGCAGGUUGUCCUUACUGGGUCAGGACAUGUCCACCUAAAGGCUACUCAUACUCAGACCAGGGACAGUCCAAAUGCUAUUUUGAUGCGUGGACUGGCGUUUCAAAGGAGAAAAAAUUAUUUCAGCAGAAAAGAAUGUAAGAAAGACAUUAGUUGCUCCCACACGUUUAUUCAGCGAAAAGGUGUCCAUCUUGGAAGUGGUUGUUGUGUGUGCUCUUAAUGUGGUAAAUAUAUUACCAAAUUUUCUGGUUCUCAUUUUCAACAGAGAGGUCACACUGGAGAAAAGCAUUAUAAAUGCUGUGAAUGUGGGAAA